AAAUGCGGCACUGAGAUUUGUAGGUCCUCCAGUAUCCCAGGGUUCCGCACCGCACCUAGACGCAGGCUAGAAUAAGAUAGGCGCUCUCGAUGGUGCGCAAUUUUUCAAGAUGUCGUCGCUGGAACAGAGACUCUCCCGAAUCGAGGAGAAAUUGAAGCAAGAAAAUAAAGAAGCUAGGCGAAGAGUUGACCUCAAUAUCGACAUGAGUCCACAACGAUCGCGUCCAAGGCCAAUUAUCGUGAUCCAGCUCAGUCCCGCUCCAGCCCCCUCUCAGCGUGCAGCGCUGCAGUUGCCGUUGGCGAAUGAUGGAGGGAGUCGGUCGUCGUCGUCGGAGAGCUCUCCUCAGCACCACUCCUACCCCUCCCGCCCCAAACAGCUGCUCACGCUGCCCACCCCGCCAUACAGCCUGCAGAAGAGCCUGGAGAAUGCGGAGAUCGACCAGAAGCUGCAGGAGAUUAUGAAACAGACGGGAUACCUGAAGAUAGACGGACAGAGAUAUCCAGCAGAAGUCACAGACCUGAUCAGUGAGGGGGAGAUCGGCAGCGGCACCUGCGGUCAGGUGUUCAAGGUGCGCUUCAAGAAGACCGGCCACGUCAUCGCCGUCAAGCAAAUGCGGAGGACGGGUAAUAAGGACGAGAACAAGCGGAUCCUCAUGGACCUGGACGUGGUGCUGAAGAGCCACGACUGCCCUUACAUCAUCCAGUGUUACGGAGCUAUAGUUACUAACACUGACGUGUUCAUCGCCAUGGAGCUGAUGGGCACGUGUGCUGAGAAGCUGAAGAAGAGGAUCCAGGGGCCCAUCCCGGAGCGCAUCCUCGGCAAGAUGACCGUCGCGAUCGUGAAGGCGCUGCUGUACCUGAAGGAGAAGCACGGCGUGAUCCACAGGGACGUGAAGCCCAGCAACAUCCUGCUGGACGCCAAGGGCCAGAUCAAGCUCUGCGACUUCGGCAUCAGCGGACGCCUCGUCGACUCCAAGGCCAAGACACGCAGCGCAGGCUGCGCCGCCUACAUGGCCCCUGAGAGAAUAGAUCCUCCAGACCCCAGUAAGCCGGACUAUGACAUCAGAGCUGACGUGUGGAGCUUGGGAAUCUCUCUGGUGGAGCUGGCCACAGGACAGUUCCCCUACAAGAACUGCAAGACGGACUUCGAGGUCCUGACCAAAGUGCUGCAGGAGGACCCCCCGGUGCUGCCGCUCAGCAUGGGCUUCUCCCCCCACUUCCAGUCCUUCGUCAAAGACUGUCUCACAAAGGAUCACAGAAAAAGGCCAAAAUAUCACAAGCUGCUGGAGCACCCCUUCAUCCGGCGCUACGAGGUGCUGGAGGUGGAGGUGGCGGCCUGGUUCCAGGAGGUGAUGGAGCGCACAGAGUCCCCCCGCAGCUCCCAGUGCUUCAGCCAGCAGCACCUGCACUCGCUCUUCAACAGGUAGAGCAGAGGGGCAGAGCAGCGUGCACACACACACACACACACACACACACACACACACACACACACACACACACACACACACACAUCGCCCCGCCCCGCAGCUCCCAGUGCUUCAGCCAACAGCACCUGCACUCGCUCUUCAACAGGUAGAGCAGAGGGGCAGAGCCACGCACACACACACACACACACACACACACACACACACACACACACACACACACACACACACACACACACACACACACACACACACACACCGCCCCGCCCCGCAGCUCAAUACUAAUGCCAACACACACACACGCACACUCACCUCUCCACCCUCACACCCCAGUACUUAGGCCAACAACACACACACACACACACCACCCUACAGCUCAAUAGUUAAGCCAACAGCACACACACACACACACACACACACACAUUAGUACACACACACACACACACACACACACACACACACUCACACACACUUAUCGUGUUAAAUACAAGUACAACCCCCAUUUGCUGCGUCAGAUCUACAAGAAGCAGAGCUGUGGGUCUCUCUCACACACACACACACACACACACACACACACACACACACACACACACACACACACACACACUCUGUAUACCCUCAUGUAAUUAUCCAAACAUAACUGUCAGUACUGCGUAAGCUUUUCUACAGUUGAAGCUGGCAGAAAAAAUAAGACACUAGUACACACACACACACACACACACACACUGCUAGACACCACACUGCUACACACAAACGACAGUCACACACACACACACACACACUGCUAGACACCACACUGCUACACACAAACGACAGUCACACACACAUACACACUGCUAGACACCACACUGCUACACACAAACAACACACACACACCUACACACACACUCAUAGUAUGUAAAGGAGGAAGAUUGAGAAGGAGUAAUGGACAUGAAUGGAGCAAAGCCGAAGAGGAGGAGGAGGAGGAGAACGACAGAUGAACUGAGACCGCGGUGGAGAGAGAGAGAGAGAGAGAGAUCACGAUGGACGGACAGACAGAUGAAAAGAUGGACAGAUGAAGAGGUGGAGAAAUGGAGGAGUUGCUUUGAUGGGGGCGUAAAGAGGGAGGGGGGACUUGAGAAUGUCAUGACUGGAUGGUGAUCUGGUGGGAUUCUGGCCAAUCACAAUGUGAUCUGGUGGGAUUCUAACCAAUAAGGUUCAACUCUGGUGAACGGAUUAAAGGAUGGAAGGAUGAAUGAAUGGAUGGAAGGAUGGAUUGACAGAACAAACAGACAGACGGACAAACACACAGGGUUCAGAGUGGUCAUUCAGGCGUGGACCGGCCUGGUUAUUAAGAUUUUUAAAACUAGAUCAUUACGGGCUGCACAACGGCUUUUCAAAUGUCCGUAUCACUUCAGGCUCAGACGUAUUCCUAAAGAAUAUUCUGGCGUGCGUGCGUGCGUGCGUGCGUGCGUGCGUGCGUGCGUGCGUGCGUGCGUGCGUGCGUGCGUGCGUGUAUGUGGUCUUCAGGAUGUACAUGGCUUCACUUCAGGCUCAGACGUAUUCCUAAAGAAUAUUCUGGCGUGCGUGCGUGCGUGCGUGCGUGUAUGUGGUCUUCAGGAUGUACAUGGCUUUACUGGCUCUGUCGCUCUUCGUGUUAUCAACUUGUAAUUAAUACUCAAAUAAUCAAACCAGUUAUUUUCUAUAUCCGAACAAGGCCUAACCCCUUGUAGUCACAUCCACCAAUUAGAUUUGGUCUUACUUAGGCUACUAAACUGAUUAACCAAUUAGAUUUGGUCUUACUUAGGCUACUACACCAAUCUUAUCUUCUCUUACUAAACUGAUUAACCAUUAAUCAGAUUUUGCGACUAUAUCACGUUAAAGACAAAUAUAAUCUGAACAGUAGAGCCCCACUUCUGUGGAGUUAACAGGAUUUGAACAGAUAAAAUGCAAAAAAAUGAAACCUAACCAAAAAAAAAAAAGAUAAAGAAUUAGCGGUAGUUCAAUCGGAAUAGCAGAAAUGAGGCAAAAUGGAAGACUAGACUGCAACUGACUCUGACUGAGAUCCUAGCCAAUCAGGAUGAGACCUGGUGAGAUCUUAGCCAAUCAGGGCGUCAACUGGUGAGAUUCUAGCCUAUCGGGGAUGAGCUCUGCCUGCACCCAGGCUCAGAUGCGGUCUGUGCAGUGAUAUCUCAGGGAACCAGAGAGAGAGGGAGAGAGAGAGGGAGAGAGAGAG